UACCUAUAAUCUUCCGUCUGUACCUUGCACAUUCAGUUCCAUACAUUGAAAUAAUUGUAAUGUUUUUAUUUUUGUAGGUAUCAGAUGUAUGUAAAUUUAACAAUAUGGGUAAAUUGAAUAAUGCCGUUUCUGCAUUUAAAGCUUUGAAUGGACUUAUAUGCGUGUACAAACCAGCAAAUGUACCUAUAAAACAAGUUCAGCACACAAUCAUAACCAAUUUAUGCAGAGAUUUGAAUCAGUUACCCGGUCGUCCUCAAGAGAAGAGAGUGGAGAUAGUGGGGCCCACCAAUGCUCCAAUGACAGUGAAAUUAGUACCAAAUCUAGCUGAUGAUCCCCUAGUAUGUGGACCGAGGUACAUUAAUGAGGACUUUCGGUGCAGUUACGCUACUCAUUUAGGAUUAUUUAGCAGUGGAGUUCUAUUGAUAGGUAUAAAUGCUGGCUCAAGGUUAACAUACCACAUUAAUAUUGCAAGGCCUACAAGGGCUUACAAAGUUCACGGCCAAUUAGGAAAAGCUACAGACACAUAUUUAUGGAACGGUAAAACUAUUGAAAAGGCCACCUUUGGGCAUGUGACACGAGCAAAAAUAGACCAAGUCGUGGCUCAUAUGCAGGCAGCACAUCAGAAAACCAUGUAUGAGUUAUGUGGCGUUCACAAAGAUUCUCAAACUGCAUAUGAGCUAGCAACACAGGGGCUUAUAAGGCCAGCCAACAGUAAACUACCAGUGGUAUAUGGUAUGAAAUGUGUUCAUUUUCAACCACCUGAUUUUACACUAGAAAUCCAAGCUGUGAAUGAAUAUGACCGUUACUUGUGGACAAUUGUGCAUGACCUAGGUGUCCAGUUGAAGACUGCAGCAUAUUGCACUGGUGUGCAGUGUAUACGGCAAGGCAGGUUUAACACAGACCUGGCACUGCUCCGAAAACACUGGCAGUUGCAGCACAUUGUGGACAAUAUGAAUCAAUGCCAUCAGCUGAUUGAGGAGCAUGAAGAUAUUCUGGCACCAGAGUCGGCAACAUUAACUGCUUAGGGUUCAUCUAGUUAUUUAUACAUAUAGAGACUUAUGAAUGAAAUAUUUUGUUUAAAAAAUAUUAUAGUCAUGUAAAUAUCUUGUAAAUAAAUUGUAAUAAGAUCAUUC